AUGGAAAAGGCAAAAGAGGUGAUGAAAUGGCAUAGAUCAAUAGGAGGAAUUGUUGAUGCACCAAUAGACAAGGUGUGGGACAUGGUUUCCUCAAGCAGCAAACUACAGGAAUGGAUGCCGAUGGUGGAAACGUGCACUGAUCUAUCCGGGCAGGAAGGCGUUGCAGGCUACACAAGGCUAGUCUCGGGGUUCAUGUUCCCACAGAAAGACGAGGACAGGUCAUGGAUCAAGGAAAGGCUCGUUGCCAUGGACUCCGAGUCCCACACUUACACGUAUGAGUUGGAAGCAAGCAAUGUAGGCCUUGAUGGAUCUUCAAACUCACUCAACCUCACAGACUAUGGUUAUGGCUCGACUCUGGUCGAGUGGAAAUUCGAGGUCAAACCACUCGAAGGCGUCUCCGAGGAGCAGAUAAUGGACUACUUGGGAUAUCUGUACAAGUCUUGUAUCAAUAGAAUUGAAGGCGCUGUUGAGAUCGCAUCUACAAACUGCUUCGACCAAGAAUUUGCUUGCGAUGCAGAAAAAUGA